AUGCGUAUCCAUGAUCGUUCCGAUCCAAAUGACAGUUUAUAUGUGAGUGAUAGUGAUUACUGUGAGUCUUGUGAUUCACCCAUCCCGGACCCCCUGGCACACGCUCUACGUAUUGCGAAAGCCGAAAACGCGAUUUCAUUAGACACGCCAAGUAACAAAUCACCUGACAAUUAUGAUAACGGUGCAAAGAGUUUAGAAACCAUGUCGAAUGAUCAUGCCCUACGCCCACGCAGUCGUGCGCGUUCGAUUGCACACCAACCACACACCGACUCAGCUAACCGUGACAUAUCUAAAAUUUCGCGAGAGGGAAAUAUCACAGUAGGCACAGACACAAAGAUAGCGGCACACGAAAGUGUGGAUGACACUGAUGAUAAUGCGACGGACUGGUCUGUGUUCUGGGUGCCCACAACUAAGGAUAUACUUGCAAUUAGAGACCAUGCUGGGGCGGGCAUGGUGUCAGAACCAUACUUGCGCACACUGCGUCAAGUGGCGAAGAGCAGUAGAAAAUUCGCCGAACAGUUCAGGCCGUAUAUCGGUUGUGUCUUUGACGAGACUACGGGCAUGCCUAUAAGCGGGAAACACACUCUGGAUACGGGGGAGUUGGACGGAAGGGGUUGCGAUGGCUACGUGUACUUCACCACAGAUUCCAAACCAGUAAAGAAGGUGAAGGAAAAUGGCAACGUCCUGGUGGUCGUGCGCGGACUCCUUGGCGAUGAGAAAGUCACACUGACGGUAUGUCGGCUUACGGGCAACCGCAUGUAUCCGGACAUCAUGGAGAUGGAUGGUGUGAGAGGCUCAUGGGGUGUCAAUGUUCUCGCCAGUACGUAUGCAUGCCCCGAGGAUAUCGAAGUGCUGCAGGCGCUUUUGGUGGAGGACAAUAAAUGUUUUCCCUUAAAGCCAGUGCUGUAUCCUGCGGAAUGCCGUGCGCGGCUCAUCGAAUCAAUGGCGACAGCGACUGAGGGCCUUUCCCCUGUUAGGGCUUUCUUGAAGAUCCAUGGUCUUGCAAGUCAUGUGAAUGUGCUCGGCCAAGACGAGAUGGAGCGAACACAAGGCGAUAUGGUUGGCGACGGAACGUUUGGAGCCGUAUACAGGCUAAACGAUAGCCCCAAUCAUGUGCUGAAAAUGUUCAAGACAGAGUGUAAUGCCGAGGACCGUUUGAAUGAGAUCAUGUGUCUGGGAGCUCUGCAAGGGGUUGAGAGCGUUCCGAAAUUGUUCGCUGUAGUUGAAGCGCAGUUCGACGGUGAUAAAGAUACAGAUAUAGAGGAAGGUCUGCACUUCAUAGGCUACGUUUGCACCAGAUAUGAUUAUACACUAUUAGACUAUCACAAAGAGAAUCCAAAUGCGGCCGAUGUAUAUAGCUUGAUAACCGGACUGGUAAUCUCUCUGCGAGACAUUCACAGGCAAAGGAUCUGCCAUCUGGACCUGUGCGACCGAAACGUCAUGGUAACCCGGCCUCCAGCACACAAGCCUGGUACUACGUCUAAGCUUGAGGUGUCUAUCAUUGACUUCGCGGGAGCCUGUUUACUGCCGGAAUCGAUGCUCUUCUUGCCGAACCCGCUUAUCGCCAAAUGCACCUACCGCCCGCCAGAGAUCUUUAAGGCGCGCAAUAUCAAGGCCGGCGAAAAGACUGGUAUCUUGCCAUUCACCCAAGCACACCCUGUGAGUGCACCUCGUAAUCGUAGUAUGCAGGCAAAUGGAAGCUCGCCAGCGAAUGAUAGUUCAAAGAAAAAUCUCUCUGCACCACAAACACGCAGACAAUCACAAUCGCCGACCAGAUCACGUUCACAGUCGCAGAAUAAGGAGCCUGUCGCAGCUGUCGAUAACGUUGCCGAGAGUAAAAAGUGCGGAGUAAGCGGGUCCUCUAAAACUUGGGUGGGCUAUGUUGAAAUCACCGACGAAUCCUCAUCAGAGUCGGAAGAGUCGACCGACGAGAAGAAGAGCAACAAACAACGAUUAGUCGACGGACGUAAACUGGAUGUGUGGGGGUUGGGGGUGAUCUUUACCGAAAUUUUGACACGUGGAAUUAAGGCCUGGGGAGGUACCUUCGAUGCCACGAGACUCAACCAGAUUGUUAGCAGUGAGAAAGCCAUCAAGCGUUAUAUCGAGGAAAGUGUGGAGGGGUCAACUUGGCGCGAAUUGUUGGGUAGUUGUUUGGCUGUGAAACCGUCGAGGCGGUGGCUAUGUGAUGAAAUACUCGACUACAUGAAAGAGAAUAGAGAUAACCUGAUGGAGGAGUUGAAAGGAUUACCCGUCAAAAGUGGAGCGAGAACGAAGAAGAGUCGACAGCUUGACAAAUACCAAGACACGAGCAUGUUGAAUCCGAAACCGCGCAAGCUCGCCAAACAAGAACCAGUUGGUAGAAGUACUAGGAGGAGAGGCAACGACCCAAAUAAUCAUCCCGAGAAGUCGUCCAAACCAACUAUGCGCACUAUAAAGUCUCCCGGCUCGGCAACGGGAGGAAGAAUUUAUCCCCUACCUGUUCCCCUCACGUGUCUGGAACCUGAGCACUAUAUGAUUAUCCGCAAGUUAAGUAAACCGCGGUAUACAGAUAAUCGCAUUCAGAUCUCCGAGGAACACAUAAUUGGUUCAAAUGGGCCGGUGGGAGUAGAUAGAAAUCUCAAUGGUGGAGACGGUGGGCCAUGGAAACCCGCAAGAGGAAGAGCCCGUGAGCACAAACAAACCGUAAACUACGAACGGCUGCAUGAUCCUGUACCGCGAGCCGGGCGAUUAGAACAACCCGCUCAAUCCGAAGCCUACAAUGAUAUGACUAGCGAAGAGGAUGAGGAAAUGGUUGACGCUGGAGGGGAUGAAGACGAAAGGAGGAGGAGUUUUCAAUUGCUCAAGCAUAUUGCGCAAUGGAAGGCGGCAAAGGCAGAAAAGAGAGCGAGAAGUACUCAAUUGGGGUCCGAUGCAGAAGGUGGUGGCAGCGCGACUCUUCAAGAAAACAAAGCAUCACACAAUACGUAUAAAAUUACGUCGACAAUUGGUACGCGAGCAAACGAAAAGCCCGCGCCUUUAGCUGAUAACGGUGUUCCAGUGUCGCUGCCGCCGCCAGCUGCACCUUUAGUUUUGCCAAGUAACUGGCAAUGCGCCCGAUCUAGUAAGAAUCCACAUACAAAUACAAAUCAACUAUUAGAAAACACGAAUUUUCCAGUACGAGAUGUGCUGGGGCAAAAUCGCUUGGAUAUGCAUAACCAUGCUCCUAUGAACGAUCACUACUCGCAGGCACGAAAACAGCCUGUUGUGGAUCCGGACAUGCCGCCAAUGCGCCAAGUAAAAGGAAGAACGAUCGGCCAGAACCAUUCCGAUUCCGAUUCCCAAAAUAUCAAUCAAAAUCGACGUGAUGCCGCAAUUCAUUCCACCCCGUUGCUAGGGCAGCAGGCCUAUCUCAACCCCACGAGGCAGACUGUUGUGGUGGAUUAUAAAAGUACAAAGACAGAACCCACGAAGAAGAUUAUGCACGGUUAUAGUAGCACACAGACAGAACCAACGGAGACAGUUCUGGGCGUGUAUAAAAGCGUAAAUGGGUAUCGAAAAUCACCUGCACAGCCAGUCACACAAACCAGCUCAAGUGUCGCUGCGUUGACACAGAACUCUCAAGCAUGUGUAUAUUCCGGGACAAUCGUAAGGCCGCCCGCCCAUAAGCCUACUUCAGUACCUCAACAGCCCUAUAGCCAUGUCUCGAAGGUGACGCACAAGGGAGAACUCAUGCAGCGUCCACCGACGAGUCAGCCGUCAACAGGUCAUCCGCCGCCACAGCCGCACGUUAUGUCUGCGCCAUCGAUCCACACGUAUGGGAUUAUACCAACUCAGUUCAAUAGAUCUGCCACCCAAAUUAGAAACUCUGUUAAUACCCACAUACAGCGGUAUCAGCAGCAAGGCCUGCCACGCACGGGCCACCCUCAUGGCCCAGCUGAAGGAACUGGAUAACAGUCAUGAAAUCAUUAGAAAACUAAAGUCCACCAUAUCACUUAAUUUUGGAGUCAUUGGUGGCCUAUCGACCUGGCUCUCAUGUUUACCAACUUACAAUAGUUUCGGUACAAGUUGAAAAUAUACGAGGUUUCGUUACAAGUUGAAAACAUAUGAGGUAUUGAUCCAGCUGCAAACGACCUCCUCGUGGGUAUUGGUUUCGAUCUGAUGAGAUACCCAAAAUGCGACAAUGUCCCAUAGUCCAGACAAUAUAUGGAAAUGCAGAUCUAUACGAAUGUGGCGGUAUUAAUGCCUUGUGGGGCUGAUCUGCUCGUGGAGCCACUUCACGAGUUGAGAAAAUAAAAUUGCAG